UCUUUAGCUCGAGCAUUAACAUCAUCAUCAACAAAAGAUGAUAUAUUUAUGUUUUUUGGUGCUGAUGUAACCCAUACAACAUGUUCGAGAGAUAAACCAUCAAUAGCAGCUGUUAUUGGUUCAGUUGAUUCUACGAGUACACAAUAUGCAUCACGUGUUGGUGAACAAUAUCCAGCACGUGGAAAAAUUUCAUUAGAAAUAAUCAAAGAUUUAUAUCAAAUGUCAACAGAUUUAUUAAAAUUAUUUGCACAAAGAAAUGGAUGUUUUCCGAAUAAAAUUGUAUUUUAUCGUGAUGGAGUUGAUGAUGGACAUUUUCAAAAAGUACUUGAUCAUGAAAUCCGAGCCUUACAAAAUGCUUGUAAAGCACUUUAUAUGAAUAAUCCAUUACCAAAAAUAACAUUUAUUAUUGUUAAAAAACGUCAUAAUACAAGAUUUUUUGUUCGAGAUCCUAAUACAGGAAAUUUUAAUAAUGUUCAACCAGGUACUAUUGUUGAUACUGAUAUUGUUCAUCCACAAGGUUUUGAUUUUUAUUUAAAUAGUCAUGCAGCUCUUCAAGGAACAUCACGACCAAUUUUAUAUCAUGUUUUAUAUGAUGAUAUUGGUUUUUCAUCUGAUGAAAUACAAUCUUUAACAUAUUAUCUUUGUCAUUCUGAUGUUCGUUGUACAAAAGCUGUAUCAAUACCAGCACCUGUUCAUUAUGCACAUUUAGCUGCAUAUCAAUCACGUGAUGCUGACAGUUAUGACAAUGAUCGAAGGAGCACAAUGGGAGGAGAUUUUGAUGAUGAUGAUGAUCUAAUACAAAAUAUGGGUUCAAUAACAUUACAAGAAGUAGAAACAAGACUUAUUCAACUUGAUCCGUCUAUUCAAGAUACAAUGUGGUAUGUGUGAAGAUAACAGUGAUAUUUAAUAUUGUACGGAAAUCAAUAAAAAAAAUGAAUUAAUUUUGUGAUAAAUAAAUAAAGUUUAUUAUUAUAUUUUAUUAAAUAUUGUAAUGGUCUUCAUCGGUUUUUAAAUAAAGAAAAUAUUUCUAUUUUGUUUUUU